CGAUGUUUAAGGGAUGAUACAGCUCUUUUCCUAAAUUGAAGUGGUAGUGGUAGUAAUGUCCCUUUAAUUAAGACUUCAUCAUCACAUGACUAUGUAACGCUCUACCGAGUUUAUAAACAGGGUUAUACAUGUAUAGCAGUUUAUAUUAACCAUAUCAAGGACACGAUAGUAUUGUAAAUUUUCAAUCAACGAAAAAACAAACAUGGCUGAUUACGACCCAGCAGUCAAGGAACUUGCUGCCUUACUGGAAUCGCCAGAAAUGAAAGAUGUCAAACCAGAAAUACGCGAGAAGCUUGAAAAAAUCUUGGAUAUGUGUAACAAGCGCCACAACUACGCAGAAGAGAUAACUACUAAACAUAGCGAUGUCUUGGCUCAGAUCACACAAGAAACAAUGAAUCAUCCAUGGGAAGAAGUCUUCAAGGCAGGAAAAACGUCCUGGAUUAUGCCAAAAAGAAUGAUCAGUGGUCCCCUCACUAGUCAGUUUUUAAAGUUUAUUGUAAGCAUAACUAAAGCUAAACAGGUUUUGGAGAUUGGUAUGUUUACCGGAUAUACAGCUCUAUCAAUGGCCGAGGCUCUACCAGCAGAUGGCGUUGUCAUCACUUGUGAAUUAGCUGAUUAUCUUAAAGGUUUGACACCAGAAUUUGUCAGUCGAUCACCUCAUGGUAAAAAGAUUAAACCAUAUUUUGGUCCAGCGGGAGAAACUUUAGAAACUUUAACAAAAGAAGGGAGGUUGUUUGAUGUAAUUUUUGUAGAUGCAGAUAAACCUGGUUAUAAAGGAUAUGUCGAAACUAUUUUAAAUAAUGGUUUAUUGGCACCAAAUGGUAUUAUUUUAGCUGAUAAUGCUCUGUAUCAAGGUCGGGCUUACAUGAACCCUAAGACACGAGAGGAGAAUCCUAUGAAUGAUUUUAAUGAAUACAUUGCUAACCGACCUGAUUUACGACAGGUUUUGUUACCAAUCAGAGAUGGCAUUUUAGCUAUUAGACGAACAUCAGAAGUUGAGGGACAGGCUGUCUAGAUUACAUAUUGUUUUUAAUUUGUUUUUUUUUUUUUAUUAAAGUGUAAUAUUAUUUGAUAAUUUAUGCGAAAUUGUAUUAGACGAAUAUAAUUUCACCAGAGGACAUGAGUUAUAAUUUGAUAAAUACACUCUACAUGUUUUA